AUGGACGUGGAGGUCAACAUCCUGCGGACAGAACUUCUCAAGAGGGAAGCCAAAGAGGAGGUUUUGCGGGGACUGGAGGCGGUCGUCAUGGAGGUGGCCAUCAUGGUCUUGGAGGGCACGAUCGUGGUCUCUCGUCAGUGGGUGCACUGGCGAGUGGUCUGGGUGGCAGCUGUUCAGGGGGUUUGCCUGGUGGUGGAGGACGACCACCUGGCGGGGGCUAUCGUGGUGCUCCUGGGGGUUUUCCAGCUGGAGGAGGAGGCUUUCCGCGUGGAG